AUGGCAGCUCCAUUAAAACUGAUCUUUUUACUAAUCAUCACAUAUUCGUUCAUCUUUAGCGAUGCUCUAGCAGCUGAUUCCAAUGAUCUCAAGACAUACAUUGUGUACAUGGGUGACCUUCUGAAGAAUGAUUUCUCAGUGGCAUCACUUCACACUAGCAUGCUACAAGAAGUUACCGGCAGCCGGGCAGAAAAAUCUUUACUUUGGAGCUACAAGAGGAGCUUUAAUGGCUUCGUCGCCAAGUUAACAAAAUAUGAGAAAAACCAAAUAGCUCAAAUGGAUGGUGUGGUGUCUGUAUUCCCCAGCCAACAAAAGCAACUACUUACCACAAGAUCAUGGGACUUCAUAGGCUUCCCUCAAGAUGUCAAAAGAGCACAUCUUGAAAGCGAUGUCAUAGUCGGCAUGCUAGAUAGCGGCGUCUGGCCGGAAUCCGAAAGUUUUAAGGACGACGGAUUCGGUCCUCCACCAGCUAAAUGGAAGGGAUCAUGCGCAUCUGCCAACUUUACCUGCAACAACAAACUCAUCGGAGCAAAAUACUACAACGCCGAUGGCAAAGAAGUUGGAACCGAAGAGCUAUCAGCAAGAGACAUCGGAGGCCACGGCACACACACUGCAUACACCGUGGCUGGACGUGCAGUUAAAAACGCAAGCUUGUUUGGUUUAGCAAACGGGACAGCUAGAGGUGGUGUUCCCUCAGCUCGUAUAGCCGUGUACAAGAUCUGUUUUAAGAGAAUUUGUUCAGAUGCUAAUAUCUUGGCGGCUUUUGAUGAUGCGAUUGCUGAUGGAGUUGAUAUCAUUUCUCUUUCAGUAGGACAUCUUUCACCUUUAGAUUAUUUUGAGGACUCUAUCGCCAUUGGAGCUUUCCAUUCCAUGAAGAAUGGGAUUCUUACAUCAAAUGCAGCUGGAAACAGUGGCCCUAGUCCUGGAUCGAUUUCCAAUCUUUCACCUUGGUCAUUAUCGGUUGCUGCCAGCACCAUUGACAGGAAAUUUCUAACCCAAGUUGUGUUUGGCAACAAUAUGACUUACGAGGGGCCGGCAAUAAACACAUUCGACGGUGUGAUUCAUCCUAUAGUUUACGGUGCAUCAGUUCCUAAUACAAAGAAAGGCUAUACAUCAAAUGACUCUAGUUACCAAUGUGCUUGUAGCCUAGUGGGUCCCCCCACCCAUAAGGUUCAAGUUCUAUAG